AUGCCUCCUCCCCCUCCAUCCCCUCAGCCCUCCCCGACAAUCCUCCUCCCCCACCUCCCGCCCAAGACAUUUGUCGGCAUCGACCUGAUCACCUUCACCUCCACGCCCAAUUUCCACGGCAUCCGCGAUCUGCCUGAAGGAUGGCAUUUUCUCUACACAGGCACAACAGAGAGCUUCUCCCUGCGCACCGGCGCGUGGUUCUACGUCGGCGAUAUCAGUCGCGCGGGGUCGAACUCCAAUUUGAACGAUAGUGGCGCCGGGACCGCGCUGGUGACGACGACAUCCCGCCAGAAUGAACCACAGAUAUACAUCUGGAGAUGGAAUCACGACACCGAGGCCCUCGAAUCUCUUCCAAUCACGGAUCGAGAGCGCCAGGAGGCCAUGCGCUACAAGGCGAACCUCGGCUCUGUCUGGCAGCGCGGCGGCCUAUUUCGCUAUCGGAGCCGCGUGUCGGCGUCCAUGUUGUCUAAUCAAGGGCAUUCGGGGGAGUCUUCUAGCACACAAGCUGAAAAGGAAGAAGAUGAUGAUAAUAAAGAAGAAGAGACAGAGGAAAGCGGGCGGAGGGAUUGGCAGGGACUGACGGAUCGAAUUACACCCGACAUCCUGUCGCGCAUUGUGGGCCGCCCUCAGAUAGAUGUGGAUGGGCAUCCACGGUGGACUGUUACCUCGGCGAGCACGGCGAACCGGGAUGCGGACUAUAUACCGGGCCUAGAUGCUCCGAACGAAGGCACCGGCGCAGAAGGAACAGAAAGAGAUGCAGCAGUGGGGGAGCUCCCAGAACGCGAGUUUGGGUUUCUCCCCAUCGACCUCAAACGCACCUGGCGAGAGGGCGCCGUGGGGCGAGAACGAACGGAGGCAGCACAGGAUCGAUCCUGGGCUCUUGGCGAACUUGUCGAGCGCUACAACGCUGGCUCUGGUUCUGGCGAUACGCAACAAGCAGGAGAAACACAGCUGCUCGGUGAACUGCAGUUUACCUUCCUGAUGGUACUAACGAUGAUGAACCACUCAUGUCUACAACAAUGGAAACGACUCCUCGAACUAAUCCUAACGUCCCGGCGAGCAAUACGUGAAAGAGAAGGGCUGAUGAGCGCCGUGCUCCGACUACUGCUACUGCAACUUCAGCGCUGCGACGACGUGGAAGGUGGGCUAUUCGAAAUAGACGGCGACGAGGGUGGCGCGUUCCUGCGUGACCUGCUUAUGAAACUGCAGCGGGGUGUUGAUGAGGUUGUUGGGGGUAGCGAUGGUGUGGCUGGGUCGAUGGUUAAAGCGGAGUUGGAGAAGCUUGGGACGUGGGUGAAGGCUGAAUAUGACUGGGAGCUACAGCGGGAGGCUAUUGUGAGACGCGGGAUGAUUCAGUUGGAGGAUGGGGAGGAGGUCGAGAUGGAGAUGGAUGGGAAUGAUGAGGACGAGGAGACCGGGGAGUAUGCGCCGCUUGUGGUUGAUUUGGAUGGUGGUGGUGAGCUCCAGGAUGAUGGGAAUAUAAACGAUACGGAGAUGGGACAGUAG